AUGAUUGAUGCUAUUUGUAGGAGCUUUUUAUGGACAGGCCAGAAGGAGAACAUCAGAAAGAGCCCAAUAGCUUGGAAGACUGUUUGCUGUCCAAAGAAAAAUGGUGGGCUGCACUUGGUUGACUUACAAAUUUGGAACACUGCUGUGCUAAUUAAGUUGUUAUGGAACCUGAGCAAGAAGAGAGACUCAAUAUGGGUUAAAUGUGUUCAUGCUUAUUAUAUAAAAGACCAGUUGUUAAUGGAAAUGAGUGUGAAGGAUAGCUUUUCCUGGAUAAUGAAAGUUAUUUUGAUGGAGAGAGACAAAGCUAGUAAUAUGGUUAUAUGGAGUAGUGAUAGAUUUAGAAUGAAGGAAGCCUACACAGCUCUGCACUUUAGUAACAAUCAGAUGCCAUGGAAAGAUUUGAUGUUUGGAAACAUAGUUAGGCCAAGGGCGAUAUUCCAACUUUGGAUUGCUUGCCAUUCAAGACUGUCAACAAAGAGUAGGUUGAUGAAGUGGGGUUUAUUAGAUCAUAGCACUUGCAAUUUCUGUGAUGCUGAGAAAACUCAGCAACAUUUGUUUUUUGAAUGUCAUGUGGUGAAGGAUGUUUGGAGAAAAGUUCUGAAUUGGAUCAAUGUGAAGCAUGAGCCACUGAAUUGGGAUAGGGAAUUGCAUUGGCUGAUAGUGAAUUGUAAAGGGAAGAGCAAGAGAGCUACUAUGCUAAAGUUAGAAAUCACAGAAUGUAUAUAUAUGAGGUGUGGAGGUAUAGAAAUGAGAAGAGUUUUAAUACUAAUACAAAAGAUAGGAACAUAG